AAGUAAUUCAUCCAUAAGUGCAAAAAAGCUGAUGAUGAAAGACAAAAGCUGAGAUCCUGAUUGUGCUUCUUUCCUGACACUAAAAGGAAUCCCAACAACAAAUCUAGAAUCUGACUCUUCCAAUCAAGAUUCUCUCUCCAUGACCACAGCUGGGGGUUCAUUCCUAUAUCAAUGGUUGAAGGAAACUGGACAAGAGUGAUUUCUCAGUUACCUGAAUAUUGGCUGUGUGUCUGAAGCUCCUGGAACUUUUCUCACUGCAUAUAUACAUUGUACACAAGUGCUUAGCCCCAGCCUGAGAAUUAUUGGAAUCUUCUGGUAAGACAAAUUUGAAUUGCAGGGGGAGUUCUGUUGAGGAAGAUGCAUCCUUUGAGCAAGCUGAUGACUAUCUCAAAACCUCAUAACCUGGCUCAUGAACAAAGUGAGGUCCUGACAGCAAAUACGUCUUGGCAACAGGAAACCAUCCCAGUCGUGGAGACAGAUGACUGUGAGGCCUCUCGUCAGAAAUUCAGGCAUUUCCAGUAUUUGGAAGUGUCUGGGCCUCGUGAAGCCCUGAGCCAACUCUGGGAGCUCAGUCUUCAGUGGCUGAGACCAGAAAUUCAUACAAAGAAGCAGAUUCUAGAGUUAUUGGUGCUGGAGCAGUUCCUGACAAUUCUCCCUGAAGAAGUCAGGACUUGGGUGAAUUUACAACAUCCGAAGAAUAGCAAAGAAGUGGUGAGCCUCAUACAGGAUGUGAUUGAUAUGCUUGAAGAUGAAGGUAUAACCUGUAAGGAUUCUGUCCUACAUCAGAAAGGGAGCUUCAAGAAAGAGAAAAUGGAAGCUGACUUGAUAACAGGCAAAUCCCAGGAACCAGUGAAAUUCAAAGAUGUGGCUGUGGAAUUCAGCAAAGAAGAGUGGGGGCAACUGGACCCUGCUGUAAAGACCCUGUACAGGCAUGUGAUGCUGGAGAACUACAGGAACCUGAAUUCACUGCAUAAAGGAGAGCAUCUACUUUCCAAACCAGUUGAGACCUCCAAGUUGGAGAGUAAGAAAGAAAGUUGGAUAAUGGAGCAAGAAAUCCCAAGAACAGCUGUUGUUGACAGGGAGAGAAUUUCAGAAAAUCAGGAAUUAGUCCCAAAACAGAGGAUUUCUGGAGAAGAAUCAUCCCAUGCAGUGAUUAUGACAAGACUGACCAAAGGUGGACAUUUUCCUUUAGAUGUCUGGAACAGUGAUGACUGGUUAUAUAGGAAUCAGGAACCCUGGGACAUAAAUUUGCCACAAGAAGUUUUCAUUCCUAAUAUAGUCUACGCUGAGGAGGGAGACUUUGAAUAUAGUGAAAAUAAGGUAAGCUCUGAUGUUAAGUCAGUUAACUCAGUUUUUGAUACACAACAGGGAAUUCCUAUGAGAAAGGAUUCCCCAAAGUGUGAUCAGCUUAAAACUAACUUUGAAUUUAAUUUAGACUCAGUAGGUAAGCAGCAUUCAGAAUAUAAUAAGUGUGGAAGUGCCUUGAGCCUGAGUACAGAUAUUCAGCACCCCAAAAGUCAUACCAUAGUGAAUUUCUAUAAAUGUUAUCAGUGUGGAAAGGCCUUCAGCCGCAGUUCAUCCCUCAUUCGACAUCAGAUCAUUCACACAGGAGAGAAACCCUAUAAAUGCAGUGAAUGUGGAAGAUGCUUCAACCGACGUACAAACCUUACUAAGCAUCAAAAAAUUCACGCUGCAACAAAAGCCUGGGAAGGCAAUCAAUGUGGAAAAGCCCUCAGUGAGCAUGAAGGCAGUAAUAAAAAUCCAGGACUCCGUUCUGCAGAUAAUCUCUAUGAAUGUGUUAAGUGUGGAAAAUCCUUCACCCGUAGCUCCUCACUUAUUCGACAUCAAGUGAUUCAUACAGGAGAGAAACCAUUCAAAUGUAAGGAAUGUAAGAAAACCUUUAACAGAAGUUCAAACCUGCUUAAACACCAAAAAAUUCAUACUUGAGA